GACUGACAAAGGUCUUCAAUGAGCCAAUUUACAUACUAAGAUACAUAAAUUGGGCCAGUUAACAUGUGCAAAAAUUUUAUUUUAUUUACUGUCUGGAACUGUACCUAUUGUCCUCUCCCCAAAAUAGGAAGAAAAUAGAAAAACCACAACUAGCUGUUGCACUACUAACUACAGAUGUGCUGCACAGGAUGAAUGAGGUGAGGUUCCUUAUGUAAUUUAAUUUCUGGGCUUUUUUUAAAGCUUUUCUGGAGGGCAGAAUUAUGAGAAAAUUAUUUGUGUUGCUAGUCUGAACAUUCUUACACAAAGAAGUAAAAUCUGUUGCCUAAUGCUUGGUUGAUUAAAAAUACUAGUAGAAUGGAGCAAAAGAAAGUUUACCAAACAAUACAGAAAUAUUACUUACAAAGAAACCUGACAAGAAUAAGACCCUGCACUGCAUGUUCAGCAUGAAAACAAAACCAGGGAUGCAUCAGCUAUCUGCAAGGGACGAUGGAUGCAAGAUGCUCCUUGCAGCUCACAACCUUGUAUCUCAUCUAUGCCGUGUUCUGUUUCUCCUUUUGGAGUGCAAAAAAACCCAAGCUGUUUCUGUAAGUCUUGCAGGACUUGAAUUGAUGUACUGAAGCUGAAGGUCCAUCUGUUCUAGUGCCUUGUCUCCCACUGGUCUUGGCUUUUCAUGCCUAAAUUCUGUGACCAAAAUAGAGAAGUUUGGUAGGUUUCCCUUUCUGGGGAGAAAGUGACUUCUCUGCCUGAGUUUAAGAUUCGGGUGGCAGUGGCCUUGGAUUGUGUGGUGGAGGAUGCCAGCAGCAGUGUAAGGGUUGGGCAAGUCUGGUCCUACUGCUCUUCAUUGGGGAUGAAAAUUCUCGUGUGUGUGCAAUUGAGUUAAGACUCAAAUUACACCUACAAGAGCACCACCUCCCGUGCUUGAAAUGAGCUGGGAUCAUGAAUCUUGUGAGAACGGUGACAUUGAGCUGCAGUCAUUCAGGGUUGAAGACUGGGAAGUAGAUGAAAAAGAAUUAGAAGCUGGGGGAGAUUCUCUAAGGCUUUGGCGAAGUGACUCAGGGCUGUGCCGCAUCAACAGCCUCCGUACACUCCUAAGACGAGGCGCUCCAGCCUUCGGAGGGAGUGGUGACUGUGCGGAGUCCCAGCGGGACCCGGUCGCCCGGCACGCCUUCUACCCUCGCUUCUCCCUCGGUGUGCGCCCAGCAAACAGGUGCUCCGAGUUAAUCACGCCUCCCACCUCCCCGCCGCGGAGGCCGUGAUAGGGUGGGCAUAGCAGGGGGCUGCACACCCAACCGGAGCAGGAGCCGCCGCUCCUCCCUGCCGCGGCACAUCCUCCCGCCCCCCGCCUGCGGGGCUGCCGCCGGGGUGGUGCCAGCAGAGCCGGCCGGCUCCGCGCCUCGGCAUGUGCUGAGCAGGGGCCGCUCCGCGCCUCGCCCGCAGCGCGCCCGUCCGGAGCCCGCCCGCCCGCUCGGAACAACGGGUGCUCGCCGGUGGCGGAGGAGCCGGCGCGACAGCUGGCUAGAGGUACCCUGUUGAACGUUCCGUGCGGGCAGGGGAAGGAGGAGAAGCCGGGCGCCGUGUCCGCCCUGUGCCGACGGCGUGUCCGCGGGAGCCCGGCGGUGCCCAUAUGGUCGCGCCGCUCUGCUUUCCUCGAGCUGUGUGAAGAAAGUCUUCAGCCAUGGAUGUGUUCAUGAAAGGGCUUUCCAAGGCAAAGGAAGGAGUCGUAGCAGCAGCAGAAAAGACCAAGCAGGGUGUGGCAGAGGCAGCAGGAAAGACGAAAGAGGGAGUCCUCUAUGUGGGUUCCAGGACCAAGGAAGGAGUUGUUCAUGGUGUUACAACAGUGGCUGAGAAGACCAAAGAGCAGGUGUCCAAUGUUGGGGGAGCCGUGGUGACGGGGGUGACGGCGGUGGCGCAGAAAACGGUGGAAGGAGCCGGGAACAUUGCUGCAGCCACUGGCUUGGUGAAGAAGGACCAGUUGGCCAAGCAGAAUGAAGAAGGCUUCCUGCAGGAGGGAAUGGUGAACAAUACAGGUGCUCCUGUGGAUCCUGAGAACGAGGCUUAUGAAAUGCCUCCAGAGGAGGAGUAUCAAGACUAUGAGCCAGAAGCAUGAGAGUCCUUUCCUUCCUUUCUAUCACCUGAAAUGUACUAACUCCUUGAGACGUCCCAUCCUGUACAAGUGCUGAGUUCCAAUGUGCCCAGUUGUUCAAUUUUUUUACAGUUUUUACGGUGUAUUUUGAAGUCUUCCAUCAGCAAUGAUUGGAGUAUCUGUGACUGCAUCCACCUUGUUCCAGCAUUUCCCUCCUGCUGAAAUGAAAGCCGGUUGGCAGGGUCAUUGUUGUGCUGUGGAUAUUGUGGCUUCAAGUUUAAAAGUUAAAAAAGAAAAUAUUAAGUAAAAACACCUAAGUGUCUACUGCUUAUUUCUAAUUCUGUACAUGUUUUGUUGAUAGGCUGUCAGUAAUUUGAUAUUGUUUCUGAUACAGUUUUUAUUUGUUUCCUAUGACUAUUCUUUCUGUGCAGAGAUGACUUAUUGUGAGAGCUUUAUAUAUAUGUGUAUGUAUUAUACAUAUAAAAAAAAAAGUAAUUGAGCAUGAACUAUGCACCUAUAAAUAUUAGCUGUUGAAAUUUUAUUGUUUUGUGGUGUGUUUUAUUAACUUGUGUCUGUAAAUAAUGGUGUUCAACUGAAGCAAAUAAAACGUAACCCAUUAAAAAUGAA